CAGACAGGGGCAGGCUCCAGUUACCUAAGGGUAGGGAUAUUUAGUUAUGCUAAUGAGAGCUUAUUAUUUGCCCGUUGCUGUGACACUGUAACCCUUAGCAGCAGGGCCUGGUAAUGCAGCAAGCCGGCCUGGUGGCUCACGCUGGGCCCCGGAACACUGCUCGCAGCCUUGUUAUUAGUGAGCCCAGAGAACUGUACAGGAACAAGAUAUUACUGUUUAAAGCGCAUAAGAGAAAUUUAUUGCAUUCUCUGAGUGGAGGGAAAUGUAAUGCAGGCAGAAGAGAUGUGAAAUUCAUCUGCUCACAUCAGGAUCUCUGGCUGAUUGAAGUUACAGUAUACAGGAAUGUAACGUUUCUUCGCUCAGAAGAUAAACCAUGAAUCAGACAUUGGAGAUACGUCCUGAUACUCCCAGUGUCAGAGUGAUCGAUUUUGGGUGGCAAGGACCGCUGAACCCCAGUCCUCUAAACAGAGAUGAAGACAAAAUCCUGGUCGAUGAAUAUUUAUCACCAGCCAGAUUGAAAGCACUUACUGGGGUGGAUGAUCUCCAAGAAGUUAAGGUCCUCCAGAUGUGUGUGGACACCCGGGAACACACCCUGGGGAAUUUUGGUGAGGGCUGUUUUUUAGGGACAUACAUGCCAAACCUAAGACAGCUGAAGCUGAACAACAGUAUGAUAUUAUCCAUCAGAGACCUUGGUACAUCACUGUCACAUUUGCAAGUACUCUGGAUGGCACGCUGUGGCCUUACAGACCUGGAUGGCAUAGCCUCCUUCUUUUCCUUAAAGGAGCUGUACUUGGCUUACAAUGAUCUAAGGGACCUGAGUCAGGUGAGCAUGCUUGAGAAUCUGGAGAUCCUUGAUUUAGAGGGGAACAACAUUGACCACAUAAGCGAGCUGCAGUACCUGGCACUAUGCAGCAAUCUAACAUCACUCACUAUAGAAGGCAACCCCAUAUGUGUCCAACCAAGUCCUGAAGACAGUGAGUAUCCAGAUUACGAUUAUCGAGCUAUAGCUAGACGUAUGAUCCCACAAUUACGAUACCUGGAUGAUAUCGCAACUGACCAGAAAAACCCAGCCACGCCAAGAACUCCCACACAAGACUGGUUGAUGGUGAGAGACAGUAUUAAAGAAACUGCUGGGAGCCAGGUGGAUACAGCUUUGGACUUGGGCAAUGGCUUGAGAACACCAAUGAGGUCCAGCACAGCUCAGCUAGGACUUACCAGAAGACCCCAGUCUGCACCAAUGUCUUCAGGUGCAAGGAAGCCAAUCACUAGUCUUAGAAGUGCAACAGGAAGUCCACUAUCAGAAUCCUCGGAGGAUGCUCUUACAGAGAAUGAUGCCAGUGAUCUAACACAUGGUGUUGGUAAAGUCAUCUGCGGGAAUCCCAUUAAAGCUCUCCGGGCACGAAAAGAAAAGUUAGGGUUAUGUUCUGGGACAAAUCUCCAGCCCCAGGGAUAUAUGCCGGAGCACACAUCGGACUCUGUGAUGGCCUCUCACAAAGAUCGGGCUGAUGUGUUUGCAGAGCUGAAAACCUGGAGAGAAAAGCACCAUGAAGUGUUGCAAAGGAUUCAGAAUGAUCGAGCCCCACAGAUCCUCACUAUAACACACAGUGAUGAAGAGGAAGGAUAUAGUCUGUCUUCUACCAGUGAGAAUGAGGAUUUGGAGAACAGCGGGGACUCUUGGUGCAGUGUGUGUGUGUCCCCACAGAGCUCCAGCCACGGUGCUCAUUCACUUGCAGCUGGACUACUGUAUCUUGGAGAUAUGACGUUACAGGAUGCUCCACAGCAGCCAUCACCCCCUAUUACUCCAUGUCCACCAGCUUCCACCAGUGCAAGUUCCAGACCCAACAAAGGUGCCGACAUAAGAGCCAGGCGUUUACUCAGAGUCGUUGACCAAAGCAAGACCACUGUACUGAGGACGGGGACAACAAAUGGAUGCUUAGGGGAUGAGGCCUUUCUUCCAACAGAUACUCAUGAUCACAUCAAUAGAACAUCGAAAAUAAUUCAGUCCAAUGAUACAGAAAGUAGAGAGCUCAGUGGAAGGCUUGCUAUUGUCCUUGCUAAGCCUGGACCUAGUAAUUCCAGAUCUACAGUAGACAAAUUCACUCCCAAGAUUAUUCCUUUCCACCAACCCGUCAUUCGUUCAAAGAGGCCAUCUCCGCCGCCCAUCAUCCGCCCCAUUACAACCAAGGACGUCCUUACGAGAUUGCCCAAUCGGCUAACCCUUACGACAUCCAGUAGGACUCCCAGUACAUAGAAAAGAGUCUACAGGACAUGUGCAUGAGACCUGGAGAUAAAGUGCUUUACUGAGCCACAAGCUGGUAAUGGUCUAUACUAGGCCAGCGGACAGUCUAACAGAAUAUUUUUCACAACAUAAAAAAAAUGUACUUUUAAGUUUCCAUUUGGUUGAAAUCUUUAAUAUUAAUGCCUUAACAAUUAAAGCUAUUUAGCUUGGUUGAUACAUUAUUAAAUGUAUGUACUAGAACAGUGCUCCUCAUCUCAGUCCUCAGGGCACAAUGCUACCCCUUUUCUGCUGCCUUCAAAAACCCAGGUUUUUUACACAUGAAUGCGCAUCAGCCGGGGUUUUUGCUCAGUGGAGACUGCUCCCUAAAAAAUUCCUCUGGUCCAGUGACACAGGAUUUCAACCUGGCCAGCUUGCAGGGUUAGACCCUGGAAGGACCGGGUUAAGGGACAGUGUAAACGGGUAAGCCGGGUCAUCUGACCCGAGACCCGUUUACAGCAUGGUGCUUGGGUGAAAAUGAUAGGUGUCUGGGGAUAGCUGCCACCAGGGAGAAAGAGAUUACAGCCUCCGCAUAUGGUCAAGACCCUUCCAGUUUUUUCCCCAUCCCCGCUUCAUAUGAGGAGGCUGUAAUCUCUCCCUGCCCGUCUCCCUGGUGACAGCUGUGACAUCAGACACCCCCCCCCCCCACCCUGCCGCAGGUCGCCGGUCCACUCCUGUCCGGCGUUCAGGGUAGAUCUGAAGUUUUCAGCACUAGGAGAUGAUGUCAUAUCCAAAUGCCAGACUGACCAGUGUGCAGUGUGACCGGCGCAAACGGGUAAGUCCCAGGUCUGACCCAAAUGUUCCAAAUCCCCGGGUCAGACCUGGGACUUUGGUAGAAAAUGGGCAUAACAAUCCAAGUUUUAGAUGUAGCCAUACAUGAAUAAAGGGGACUUAAUUAGUACUUCAGUCAUUUUCAUUUAACCUUCUAUGCUCAUGCAUUAGUAUCCUAAAACUUGGACUGUUAGUGUACCGUGAAGACAGAGUUUGAUAAGCACUGAUAAGAUCAGCCUAUUUAUAUGAAAUAAUGUAAUAAGCUAUUUUAUUUAUUUAAUGUUCACUCAUGUGCAUCAAUAUAAUAAUUCUCUAAGGUCUAUCCUGUCUCCAGCAUGUAUGUGAAGUGGGAGCUGGGGCGUGUGUUGCCCAACCAAUGGCUCCCACUGCCAAAGUUACUAGUGGCUGGUUACUAGUGGCCACUGCCAAGGUUACUAGUACAGCAGCAAAGUCUAUCUGGCUGUCACAAUCAUACACCUUAUGGUGACAUUAUAGAACAUUGGGGGUAAUUCCAAUUUUUUUAGCAGUUGGGCAAAACCAUGUGCACUGCAGGGGCAGAUAUAACAUGUGCAGAGAGAGUUAGAUUUGGGUAGGUUAUCUUGUUUCUGUGCAGGGUAAAUACGGUCUGCUUUAUUUUUACACUGCAAAUUAGAUUGCAGAUUGAACACAUCAAACCCAAAUCUAACUCUCUCUGCACAUGUUAAAUCUGCCUCCCCUGCAGUGCACAUGGUUUUGCCCAACUGCUAACAAAAUUCCUGCUGCGAUCAACUUGGAAUUACCCCAUUGUGUACUGUGGUGGAUUAUCACAACAACCACUUUUAAGGUUAGAGGUUGAUUCAGUGUAAAAACAUUUAAGGAAUUUUUACACUGUUUGAUGCUUUCUGUCUGUAAUGUUAAAUUCUAUUUCCCUGAAUAAACUGUGGAUGCCUGGAACAGGCUGCACUGUACAUCACGCCUGAUAAAAUGUUAGGCAGUUCAGCCAUGCAAAAAAAACCCCACUGUAAUAUGGGCCUAAUUCUGAGUUGAUCGCAGCAGAAAAUUUGUUAGCAGUUGGGCAAAACCAUGUGCACUGCAGAAGGGGCAGAUAUAACAUGUGCAGAGAGAGUUAGAUUUGGGUGGGGUGUAUUCAAACUGAAAUUAAAUUUCAGUGUAAAAAUAAAUCAGACAGUAUUUACCCCGCAGAAAAACGAAAUAACCCACCCAAAUCUAACUCUCUCUGCAAAUGUUAUAUCUGCCCCCUCCCCCCCCCCCCCCCUGCAGUGCACAUGGUUUUGCCCAAUUGCUAACAAACUUGCUGCUGCGAUCAACUCAAAAUUACCCCCUAUAUCUCUUGUAUUCAGACAAGUAAAUAGCAAAAGCCUAAUAAAUUUCCCUAGCUCAAGAUAAACUGAAGUAACCUUCAGUAUCCAGAGCAUCUGGAACAGGCAUGACAGUUGUACUGUAUAAUAUCCAGUACAUUGGCCAUAGAGAACUGGGCCCUGUUGACAUUAACUUGGUUUUUUUUAAAAAACAAAAAACAGAUCUGUAUAUUAUAUUAAUGUGUUUAUAAUGCACUUUAUAUUUUGUAUCUUACAGUUUCACAGGUUUGGGUUUUUUUGCUUUUAGCAUUUUUCUUCAACAAAACACUGUGUGCUAGUAAUACAUCAGGUUAAUCUGUUUUCACUUGCUUGGGAUAACUGUUUGCUAACACCAGAAAAGUCUAUAUUUUGCUGUGUUUUCCUGUAUGUGAAUGACGAGUUAUAAGAUAACUAUUCACCUACACAUAGUGGAAGCAGCCAUUUUGUUCCAAGUGAAUUAAUAGGCUGAAUACUGGUUCAUCACAAAACGGUUCCACACUGUAUACAGUAUGUGUCAGAUACAUCUAAGUCUGUAUAUAAGAUUUGAUGACUUGGCAAGACAAUCAUAUUUUUCUAUUACAAAACUUUUAAGACAAAAAUAUUGUAAAAACAAAAAAGUAACUUUUUGUAAUUUAUGAAAGAAUAAAAGACUAAGUCUUA